AAAUUUGAUUCGGUUUUUAUAAUAUCGAUAAUACAAAAUUUAGUUAAGAAGGAUGAUUUAUUAAUUUCUACUAUUCCACACCUUUUGGGCACUGUGACUCUAGUAUUGACCAAACUAACAGUCACUACAAAUACAUCAUCUGCUCAGACAGAGUACUGGAGAGAUAUUUGUAUUGCAAGAGAGAGAAAAGAGAGCGAGAGAGAAAGAGAUCGAGAGAGAUGAGAGAGAUUAUAAGCGUACACAUAGGUCAGGCCGGGAUUCAAGUCGGAAAUUCAUGCUGGGAGCUCUACUGUCUGGAACACGGCAUUCAGCCCGAUGGCAAUAUGCCUAGUGACAAUACAGUCGGGGUUGAACAUGAUGCUUUCAAUACGUUCUUCAGCGAAACGGGGGCAGGGAAGCAUGUUCCUAGAGCUAUAUUUGUAGAUCUUGAACCAACUGUCAUUGAUGAAAUUAGGACAGGGACGUAUCGUCAGUUGUUCCAUCCUGAACAACUUAUCUCUGGAAAGGAAGAUGCUGCGAACAAUUUUGCUAGGGGGCAUUAUACAGUUGGGAAGGAAAUCGUGGACCUAUGUCUUGACCGAGUGAGGAAAUUGGCAGAUAACUGCACUGGUCUGCAGGGGUUUAUAGUUUCUAAUGCUGUUGGUGGUGGCACAGGUUCUGGUCUAGGGUCUUUGUUGUUGGAACGCCUGUCAGUUGACUAUGGAAAGAAAUCUAAGCUUGGUUUUACCAUCUAUCCUUCACCUCAGGUUUCAACUGCAGUAGUCGAGCCAUACAACAGUGUGCUAUCUACACACUCUCUUCUCGAGCACACAGAUGUCGCUGUGCUUCUGGACAACGAAGCCAUUUAUGAUAUAUGCAGAAAAUCCCUAGAUAUCGAGAGGCCUACGUAUAACAAUUUGAACCGCUUGAUUUCUCAAGUCAUAUCUUCUUUGACUACUUCCUUGAGGUUUGAUGGAGCCAUUAAUGUUGAUAUUACAGAAUUCCAGACAAAUCUUGUGCCAUAUCCCCGAAUUCAUUUCAUGCUUUCCUCGUAUGCUCCUGUGAUAUCUGCUGAGAAAGCAUAUCAUGAGCAGUUAUCAGUUCCGGAAAUCACAAAUGCUGUGUUUGAGCCUUCAAGCAUGAUGGCGAAGUGUGAUCCAAGGCAUGGGAAAUAUAUGGCAUGCUGCUUGAUGUACAGAGGAGAUGUUGUCCCUAAGGACGUCAAUGCUGCUGUUGCCACAAUCAAAACCAAACGAACUGUUCAAUUUGUUGACUGGUGCCCUACUGGCUUCAAAUGUGGUAUCAAUUACCAAGCACCAGCAGUGGUCCCUGGAGGUGAUCUUGCCAAAGUGCAGCGUGCUGUUUGCAUGAUAAGCAACAAUACUGCAGUAGCUGAAGUAUUCUCACGCAUUGAUCACAAAUUUGAUCUCAUGUACUCCAAACGAGCAUUUGUCCACUGGUAUGUUGGUGAAGGUAUGGAAGAAGGAGAGUUCUCUGAAGCCCGUGAAGAUCUUGCUGCUCUUGAGAAGGACUACGAGGAAGUAGGUGCGGAAGGUGUUGAUGACGAAGAUGAUGGUGAAGACUAUUAAAAAGAGUGUACUAGAUUAUGCAUGGUAAAUUUGUCGUAGUCCAGGGCAUCCCAUUGUCCUGGCCUUUUUAUCUUUCUUGUGUUUUCCAUACCCCGACCACCUCCCUAAGCAUGUUAAAGUUGUGCUGGUACGCCUGUGAAUGAAAUCAUAGAUGGCCUGUAGUGCUUACAUUAAUGUCUUAAUGUCCUAAGCUUUCAUUUGUAAAGGAUCUUUCCUCUGAAAAGUUUUUAUUUCAUUCAAUUUUAAUUCAGGUUAUAAUCUCA